AAGAAAUCCUACAAAUAUUUCAGCUAACUCAACACAAAAAGUAAAAACAGAUCAUGAACUUUUUUUCAAUAUGAUUUCAAGAAAUUUCAACGAGUUUGAAAAUUGGGGUGGAAAAGUGGAUGCGAGAAAAAUUGUAGACCUCUCAGAAGAACAGCUAGAUGAAGAAGAUUUGGUAAACCACAGUCAGAAUUGUUUCGAGCCGCCUGUUCAGCAUUCAACCACCCAUGAAGAAGAGGUGACUCACAAUAAUGAAUCACUAGCAAGUUUAUUGUUUCCCACAAAUUUUGAUAGCAAACCAAUUGAAAAACUUCCAACUCCGACAGAAGAACAACUCGCAACUCCGACGGAAAAACAAAUUUAUCCAUAUCAAGGAAACAAUAAACAACCGGAAAAAAAAGUUCGCAGAAAGUCUAGGUUGUCAUAUUUAGAAAAAUGUCCUAACUUUGAUGACCUGAAAAAUAGCUCCAGCAUUGGUUUGCCGCUCAUAAUAAAUGGUAAUCUUUGUAAACCAUUCAAAUUCGAGGACUCAAUAUUAUCAGUAAACAACACUUGUGCUUUCGACUCCAUCUGUCAAAUCCAAAUGGAGUGCAUGUCCACAUCGUCAGCAUACAGAAGGAUAGUUGAAGCUCAGCAAAUAGGGAUGGCUCGACUGAAUUCCCAAAUUUUAGACAAAAAGGCCGUUCUUGCAGAUCACUAUCGUUUGCGGGCUGAGAUACUACUUGGAACUAAACUAUUCCAAAUUCAAGAACGUUUACGAUACACCAAGAAACUUGAUGCGCAAAUAAAUGCAAUAGAUCUAUCGCAACAGCUACUGAUCAACUGUCCCAGUUUCCAACAAAACGCAACUUGCUUGAUUUGCGAAGUAAAAAAAACUAUAAUAGAACCAACCUUGAAAAUUAAUAUGAAAAUCAUUUUCAAAAGCGGUUUUCAGCCAUCUCCUUUGAUUACACGUUGCAUGAUUUUGUUAUAA